AUGCCUACUUCAAAUUACCGCGUUAUUGAGCCGCACCCGUCGGUGCCUCACACCACGCGCCCCGCGGUCUACACUGGUCGGGGAGGCUGCGGAAAUGUCGUCAGCCUGAAGAAUACCAAGACGACCGAAUCCCGGACCGCGACCGGCCCGGCCUCCCUGACUCGCCUUGAUUCGCGCACGCCCUCGACCUUCACCUCCGGCCGUGGUGGUGCCGGCAACGUCCACAGCUCCAGUGAGCGUGCCAUCUUCAGCUUCGACGAGGAACUCGAACGCGACCUCCGCCGUGCCGCGCCUGUUUACCACGUAGGUCGUGGUGGAGCUGGGAAUAUGAUCUACCGCGACGACGCCAGCAGCAAUUGCAGCCUCAGCCGCAAAUACUCGUCCACCAGUACCAACACCGCCAGCAGUUCUGGUUCUGUGGCUGACCGCGCUCGCGACAUGGCCCGCCGCGGCCUCGAAAAGGGCUGGGGCAAGCUGAAGGGCGCUGCCUAA